CAAGGCUCAUCUCAACAACCUCACCUAAUAUCCGACUCCCCGUUGCUGUCUCCAUUCUGAGACCCCGAAAGAUAGUAACUUGCCAGGGGCCUUUUAUUUGGAUGCUGAUCGUUCAGUACGAUCUUCGCUGUUCUUGACAAUGGGCUAUCCGUGCCAAGUCUUCCACGCUUCAGAGCUUCCCGAGCGAGCGCAGACUAAUCUAAGCGGCCGAAAGCGCAAAUUGGAUAAAGGGGUCAAUAAUGUCGAGCUCUCUGGAUGCGAACUUCUCGAGAUGCUGCAGUACAAGUGCGAAAUCAAAGAGCCCGUCAAGCCGGACAGUCCUGUACAAUGCUUUGCGAUUGAGCGAUUGUUCCGGAAAUGUAAAGAUAAAAAGGGCUCUUUUAUGGUCGAGACGACGGCUUGGGAGGGCAAAGAGUAUCCUCCGGUGGGACAGAAAAGUGAUGAUGGAAAACACAGCAAAGACAGGACGCCUCCUCAGCACUAUCACUGGUCAUCAAGUUGGCACGCGCCCGACGCAGCACGAUAAACCAUCGAUUUUAGAUCAACCCAGGGCAACUUGCUAUUGUCUCU